CGCCCCGUAGAGCGCCGCCAUACGCGUGACGUCAGUACGCUGCCCCUGCUCGGAAACCCCAUUCUCUGGGAGAUGAUCACUCCGUCCGCCAUUAGAACUGCGAAGAGGAAGCGGUCACGCCGCCAUUAGAAGAAUCAGUAGUAAUUAGGAGGCGGAAGAGAACGGAGCGGGAGGCAAGACCGGAUUUUUAUUUUUUUCAACGCGGGCUGUUGGUUCAUCUCAAGAGGCGAUAGGGCUUCGAGUGUGAAAGUUCUUGUGACGCUAGGCCUUACGCAUCCAUUGUGUUGCCGGGCCUGGAAGCGAGAAGCACAGUGAACGCGGAGACGAGGCGUACAAUUUACGCUCUUUACCCAACACGCCGAGGGAGUGAAGAUCUGGAAUACUUAGUGAGCCUUCUGGGAGCCGGACUGUACCAUCUGGGACACGGGCUGAACCAUCUGGGAGCCGGACUGUACCAUCAGGGACACGGACAUCAGAGCUCUCGGGGGCUCUGACCGAAUCGUCUCGUAGACGGAUUAGGAACGGGUUUAACAUUUUGGGACACGAACUGAGGGAACCUUCCGGGACACGGACUUAUUUUCCUGGGGGCACGGACUCUUACCCGCUGGGACAAGGACUUCCUGGAUAUAUAGAUCUGGACUAUUGAACUGUUCAUUUUUCCACACAGAAUUCCUAACCCUUGGACUUUAAAGAAGACCAGGCGAUUGGCCUGUAGUGUGGGGGGAGGGCAGGGGCUGCCCGCCUGAUGGGCUCCUGUGGUGCCAGUGUGGUGCCUGGCAUUGCACAUCAGUGUGACCUAUGCUGAGCCUCUCCUGUGUGCCUGUGUGUGUGUUGUGCUGAGUGAGUGCAUCCCCAUCCCUUUUGUCUCUCUAUCUGUAGGUACACAAAGGCCGCCAAACAUGUCCUGUGUUCAUUAUAAGUUUUCCUCUAAGCUCAACUACGACACGGUCACGUUCGAUGGGCUGCACAUCUCCCUGUGUGACCUGAAGAAGCAGAUCAUGAGUCGAGAGCGGCUGAAGGCCACUGACUGCGACCUGCAGAUCACCAAUGCCCAAACGCAAGAAGAAUACACAGAUGAUACUGUGCUAAUACCCAAGAAUUCAUCCGUCAUUGUUCGAAGAAUUCCCAUCGGGGGUGUAAAGACUACAAGCAAAAGUUAUGUCAUAAGCCGUACAGAGCCACAGAGUGGAACGCCGAAAUCAAUUGAUGACACUUCUUCAUCUAUUUCUCUGGCCCAGCUUACAAAGACGGCAAAUCUGGUGGAAGCCAACGCUUCUGAGGAGGAUAAAAUCAAAGCAAUGAUGUCCCAGUCUGGUCAUGAAUAUGAUCCCAUCAACUAUAUGAAGAAGCCGCUAGGACCACCCCCACCGUCCUACACCUGUUUUCGAUGUUUGAAGCCUGGACAUUACAUUAAGAACUGUCCUACAAACGGGGACAAAAAUUUUGAAUCUGUUCCUCGAAUCAAAAAGAGCACUGGAAUUCCUCGUAGCUUUAUGGUUGAGGUAGAAGACCCUAAUAUGAAAGGAGCCAUGCUUACAAACACUGGAAAAUAUGCUAUACCAACCAUUGAUGCUGUGGCCUAUGCAGUGGGAAAGAAAGAAAAACCACCUUUCCUUCCGGAGGAACCCGCUUCUUCUUCGGAAGAUGAAGACCCCAUUCCCGAUGAAUUGCUGUGUCUUAUCUGUAAAGAUAUGAUGAGUGAUGCUGUCGUUAUCCCUUGCUGUGGGAAUAGCUACUGUGAUGAAUGUAUACGCACUGCACUACUGGAAUCUGAGGAUCAUACCUGUCCUACAUGUCACCAGCUGGAUGUUUCUCCAGAUGCAUUAAUUGCCAACAAAUUCUUACGCCAGGCUGUGAACAACUUUAAAAACGAAACUGGAUACACAAAGAGAACUCGUAAACAGCAGUCCACUUUAUCUCAGCGUCCGCCACCUCCAUCUACGUCUUCAAGCAAAGCACCGCCUCCUUCCCGUCCACUGAACUCUCGCCAGCAGGACCCUCUCAUAGCUCCUGCUGCAUCCACACCUCCUGCCAAUCCAGCUCCAGCUAGCACUACUCCAAGCCAGCCAAUAGCAACUGCAGCACCUCAAGCCAAUUCUGCUGCUCCUCCUCCUGCUGCUGCUGCUUCUGCGCCUCCUCGGGCUGUCUCUCCAACAGACCCACCCCCUGCACUGCCAUUACCUGCUCCCAAAGAGCGGGAGAGAGAGAAACCAGAACCAUUAUUCCACAGUCAGGAAAAGGUUGCCUCUCGUUCCAACUCUUCUGCCCCUGUCACUGCAGCAAGUUGCUUGCCCUUAUCCAACCCCUCACAUCUGGGAGAGAAGGGCUUCCAUGUUCCUGUACUUGGCCAGUUACCAUCGCUAAUUCACUCUCACCCAGCACUACCACCACUUUUGAGAACCAACAUUCACCGACUUUCUGCACCAAGACCUCUCAUGGGAUGGGAUAGUCUAAACCGGGGCAGGCAUCCACACAAUGAUCGGCCACCUAGAAACCAGAAUCCCUCCCUUGGAUCAUCAGGACCUGCCUAUGUACAUACACCUCCACCGCCUUUGUUUCCUCCACCGCCCCCUCAUGGGCUGUCACUGCCACCCGGAGUACCACCACCGCAAUUCCCACCACAGUUUCCUCCUGGUCAGCCUCCCACUGCUGGCUAUAGUGUUCCACCUCCAGGCUUUCCUUCUGCUCCAGCUACUCUGUCUGCUCCUUGGGUGGCUCCAACUGUGCAAAGUGCACACACCGGAGCCUUACAGACUCCUUCACUGGCCCCUCCGUUAUCAAAAGAAGAAUUCUACAGAGAGCAGCGCCGGCUAAAAGAAGAAGAAAAAAAGAAAUCAAAACUUGACGAGUUUACAAAUGAUUUUGCAAAGGAGCUUCUAGAAUAUAAAAAGAUUCAAAAAGAGCGCAGGCGAUCCUAUUCCAGAUCCAAAUCUCCUUUCUCUGGAUCAUCAUAUUCUGGGAGUUCCUACUCUUAUUCAAAAUCAAGAUCAGGUUCUUCACGUUCACGCUCCUACUCACGAUCUUUCAGCCGUUCUCGCUCCCGCUCUUUAUCUCGAUCCCCUUCAUACCAGAGAAAACCUCACUCAAAAGGUCGGCCCCGUUCUAGAUCUAGGUCUCAUGGAUACCCUCGCUCCAGAUCCAGAUCUCCCUCAUACAGACGUUACCACUCUCGCUCUAAGUCCCCAGUAUACAGACUUCCUUCCCCUGCCAAGAGGGUGAUGCCCCAGGCGGAGGGAGAACGUGGUUACUUCAACAGAUACCGGGACAUACCUCCCUAUGAUAUCAAAGCUAUGUAUGGUCGGCAACCUAACCUUCGAGAAACUUAUGAAAAAGAGCAGUAUAGAGAGUUGGAAAAGUACAGGGACUGGUGUGAAAAAUAUUAUAAAGACUGUGCAAUUAAUGCUAUGCCGAGACAGAGAUCUCCUAUGAACAGAGAUAAUUUUUCUCCUAGCCAAUAUGUUGUCCCUCCUCAAGGUCGUAGAGACAAUUCUCCAUACAAUAGAGGACGCAGAGAAGAAUAUCCACCAUUUACACACAGAGGUCGUCCAUUAGGCAGCAAUUACCAAGAAAAACUAUUACCCCGUGACACACACAUUGUAAAGGAUAUUCGACGAUCAAAAGAAAAAGAGAGUGCUAACCUUAUUGCAGACUCCAAAGGAAAUAAACACAAGAAACAUCGAAAGAGAAGAAAGGGGGAAGAAAACGAAGGAUUUUCAAAAGUCGAGACACUCUCUUCCAGAAAGACUCGAGAUUUACAUGGAGACGAUGUCAAAAGAGCUGAACCCGUCUUCGUACCCUCAAGCAAAGAUGAUGCGACACCAGUGAGAGAUGAGCCAAUGGAUGCAGAGUCUAUUGCUCUAAAACCCCUGUUAGAAAAAGAUAAACGAGAGAAACCAAAAGUAAAGCAAGAGAAGACCAAGCGCAAGCCUGAUGGAAACCAGACUAAAAAGGAAAGCUCUUCCAAGGUAGUCAAGGUUGAGAAAGGUGCUGGAGAUGGCGAUAAAGAUAAGACUACAGUGAAUGAGCCACCAGCCAAGAGGAUUAAAGAGGAGUCCCAAAAGUGUGAAAGCACAAAGAACCCAUUACCACAGAAGGACGAUAAAGCUGCUUUGCUACCACGGAAGGUUCAUCUCAAGAUGAUCAAGGAAAACCAAGAUGGCAAACAAGCAAAAGAAGACAAACCUAAGAAAGAACAUACAAAACAAGAUAAACCUCCUAGCAAGGAUGAGAAACACAAGAAACCUGCAGAGAAACCCAAGCCCACAGAGCCCAAAUCAGAAAAACGGAAGAGGAAACCAGAUGAUAAACUUUCAGAUAAGGAGCAAGAAAAGGCCACUUUGAAAAGUGCAAAACCCGAGACUAGUGAGACUGCCAAGCCUUCAACCUCCAAAAUUAAGUCUGAGAUAGAAGUACAGAAACCAGAAAAAAUCCCAGAGAAGCAAAAGGACAAAGAGAAGAAAGAAAAGGAGAAAGAGAAAGAAAAGGAGAAAGAGAAAGAAAAGGAGAAAGAGAAAGAGAAAGAAAAGGAGAAAGAGAGAGAAAAGGAAAAAGAGAAAGAAAAGGAGAAAGAAAAGGAGAAAGAAAAGGAAAAAGAGAAGGAAAGGGUAAAAGAGAAGGAAAAGGAAAAAGAGAAGGAAAAGGAAAAAGAGAAGGAAAAGGAAAAAGAGAAGGAAAAGGAAAAAGAGAAGGAAAGGGAAAAAGAGAAGGAAAGGGAAAAGGAAAAGGAGAAGGAAAGGGAAAAGGAGAAGGAAAAAGAGAAGGAGAAGGAAAGGGAGAAGGAAAAAGCAGCAUCCACGACGGUCAAAAAAAUUAAAUUGAACCGAGAAACUGGGAAAAAAAUAGCUAACACUGAACCCAGUGGCCCAGUAGAAGCUCAAGACAAAACUGAACCUGCAUCAACCGUGAAAUCCAAAGCAGAGCGUGUGAAGGGGAAGAUUAGAAAGAAAGUCCCAGCUCCAGAUGGUUCUGGGUCCACUUUAGUAGAUUAUACCAGUACAAGUUCCACUGGAGGGAGCCCUGUGCGGAAGGGGACAGAAAAAGUGGACACUAAGAGAACAGUGAUAAAGACGAUGGAGGAAUACAAUAAUGACCAUUCUACUCCCGCUGAAGAUGUCAUCAUUAUGAUUCAGGUUCCCCAGUCCAAGUGGGAUAAGGAUGAAUACGAGUCUGAAGAGGAUGACGCAAAGGAUUCCAAAGGCGCAUCUAGCACUGGGAAGCCUAUGAGUGUAGUGACAAAUGUUAGUGCUAAGCCAUUAUCCAUUACUGCCCCAAACGACAAAGAUGCUUUGCCUACAGAAAAGCUCAAGUCGUCCCGGGACCAGGCUAAUGAAUCUCAUCCUCAAGAUACCAAAUCUUCAAAGGAGCUUUCAUCAUCUAGCUCCAGGAGUAAAGCCAAGGAAAAGGAUAGCCCUGCUGCUUCUGAGAAGGAGGCAUCUGAAAAAAGGAAAGUUGAAGGCAGCUCCGAACGCGGUAGUCGCCAGUCUUCCAAAGAGAGGCAGUCGGAAAAGCAAGAAUCGAGUCGUAGCUCUUCCAGCAAAGACUUCACCCCCAACCGCGAGAAGAAGUCUGAGCCUUCUGACAGCAAGGACAGAAAGCUGGAGCAUGAAACGAAAGACCGAGAAAGGAAAUCGGAGCAUGAAAGCAGAGAUAAGAAGCAAGAACAUGACGGCAGAGACAAAAAGACAGAGCACGACAGCAGGGAAAAGGACAAAAAGCAAGAACAUGAUGGCAGGGACAGAAAAACAGAGUAUGAUGGAAAGGAAAAGGAUAAGAAGCCAGAGCAUGAUGGUAAAGAUAGGGAAAAGAAAGAACACGAGAGCAAGGAUAGAGAUAGUAGGCAGGAUUACGACAGUCGAGAUUACAACAACUCUAAGAGGCGAGAAGAGAAGAAAAGGGAGUCUUCACCAAAAGGUAAAGAUUUAGCGUCUUCCAGCUCUCAAAAGGUCAAAGACAAUCCGACUGAGACCUCUAGGAAACGUCCUGCAGAUGCCCGGCGGAAUAACUCCAGCCCGCCUCGAGAGCGCAAGCCACGGGAAGAGCAAAAGCCCACUGACCCCAAACGCUCUCCCAGUGAGCAGAAACCAGCUGAGAAAAGCAGAGAGAAAAGUAAAGAGACAAUAGCAAAGGUAAAACGUGUGGAAGAAUCAAGUGAGACAAAAGCUUCUCACUCUAAGCGCACAUCACCAGAGCCCAAGACAGACAAGGACAUGAGUGACAAGGACACUAAAGGAAAGGUCCCUCAAAACCGUUCCUCCCGAGUUUCUUCUGACCUGACGAAAGAAACCGAUGAGGCCUCCUUUGUACCAGAUUACAAUGAGAGUGAUAGUGAGGGCUCCGUAAAGCAGGAAGAUGCCCCUGUUUCCCAAAGCAAAGAUGACAAACCUGCAGUGGAAGGUACAGAACCAAUAGACUCCAGUGUACCUGCAACUGCCCACAGCAGCCCAAGUGGCAGUCGCAGCCACAGCCCAGCAGAGUCGCUAACACAUAGCCGCAGCAGCAGCCCCAGUUCUGGAGGCAGCCCAGAUAAGAAACGCAGGAAAAAGGAGAAGAAAAAACACAAGAAGCAUAAGAAACACAAGAAGCAUAAGAAACACACGGGCAACGAAUCUGAGACUGAAAAGAGCCAGAAACACAAACACAAAAAGAAAAAGUCGAAGAAGAGCAAAGACAAAGAAGCCGAGAAAGAGGAAUCCAAACCACCCGCGUGAUUUAAAGCCAACCUCUGGGGCAAGAGCCUUUGCAGAGACACUUGUACCAUUUUUUUGUUUUUUUUUUGCAUUUAAUGAAUACAAUCUCUUUUCUCUGUAAAUAACGGGGAGAAAACAGUGCCACACUUAAUAUAUUAAGGAUUAUUUGACUUUUACAUCAGAGCUUUAUCAAUUGAACGUUUUUUUGUUUUUGUACAGAGGUUUACAUAUUGUGACCGUAUUGCAGGCGACUCGACUUUCAUUCAGAUUUUGUUUCCAUCUUGGGCAUUGUGCGUUUACCCAUGAAACGUGUGGAAAUCACUGUAUCGUGAAAAAAAACCCUCACGCGCUUUCUGUUUUAAGGCUUUUUUUUUUUCUUAUUUGAACUGCCUGGUAAAUAGGAACAGGUGCUGCUGUAAAUAGUAACACACAGGCCACCUAUACACCGACAUGAGACGCUUUGGUAUUGUAAAUGUUUUAAAACGAAAUUUAAUACGCGAACGCACAUGGUGCGAAAAGGGGAAGUUAUAGAUGGACUGAUUGUACAAUGCCUGAUAAAAGCUUAUUGUACCUCCUGAAUAUCCAUCAGGCAAGUUAGAAAAUCAGAUGAAGGGCACAUUGACGAGAUCCUCUCCCGACGGGUCUACAUAGGCCCAUUUUAAUGGUUUGCUGUCACCAUACGAGUGGACCUAUUGGCGUUUUGCCUGCUGUAGCAACAUUUUCAUUGGUCCAUUUUGAUGGUUCUCAUCAAGGAUUUAAAAUGCUUUCUGGCAGUCAGCUGACCUAUAAAGCAGACUGGCUGUAAAGUUGUCAUUUGUUCCGUAUGGCGACAACUAUAAAACAAAACACUUAGAGAAACAGGUCGAUGAAGCCCGUUGGAGUUUAGAGUAUUUUUAUAAUAGUAGCUGUUCCCCUUUAAUUAAAUAAACACGCAGGUGCCGAUUUAACCAUCUACUCCAUAUUGAAAAUGUAAGGCCCUCCACUUUCUUGUGAGAAUGAUCUUUCGGCAGAUUUUUGCUCGUUUUUACACCCUUUUUACACACGUCCAUGCUUUUCCCCUCAAUCCCAGCAUGCCUUUUAGUAAAGCACCAAUGCCUUGUGUGUCCUUUAAUGGCUUUACAGAUAAGGAGGGUGUCCGGCCUAUGACCUUCCAUCUGUACAGACCUCGGCCAGUGGCUGGAAGUCAUGUUGUAGCUGUUUUUGAACACAUGCACCUCAAUGAGUUUUUUUACCACAGUAGCAGGUUUAUUUACUGUCCGGUGACCCCAUGCACUGAGCUCGGCUGGUUUCCUUAGUUACCCUGUUUGUGGUGUAUAUUCAAUGGCCUUAUAUAGAAUCGGUGAAUAUUUGAGGUUCGCAUAUGCAAUGAAGUCAUUUAUAACAACAGGGUUGUGUUGGAUGGUGAGGUGCAUGGAGAGUGGUAGUACCCAGGACCCAAGUUUUGCUGCUUCUAUA